AUGGAGGUGACAGCAAAUGACGUUGCGCUAUCGAUAAGGUCAGCAGCUUCUCUCAUUACUCUUUUCUUUCAGGGCCCUCAACCUCUUCAAUGUUUCUUCAUGAAGAUACCCGCUCUUCCACCACCACAGCCUUUGACUAGCCUGAGGGAUACAAGUCUGGCAUAUCGACAUGGGCAAGCCUGGUGCCCGGACGAUGCGAAUUCCAUGCAGCCAUUUUUGGAGAUGGUCCUGAUAGUAAAGUCCCUGACAAGUGGUUUUGCGUCGGUUUGCUUUAGUCCUCUUGCCAGUAAAUUUCAAGCCGCUAACCUAAGACGUGAAGAAAGCAUCUGGCCAAAAAUUUGCCUUGUUUCCCUGCCCACCGAAAUACUGCAGCAAAUCGCAGGAUACCUUCCAGUCUCGUCACAGGCAUCAUUAGCUUUCACUUCUCGUUAUCUAUGCCGCCUGAUUGGCACAAGUACCUGGAUCAACAGCUGGGCCAAACUCAAUCAGGUAGCCAAUCGUCGGAAAAUCCAGUUCUUGUCUCACCUAGCCCGCGACAUGCCCGCAUACGCACAUUGUAAGGAGUGCAACAUUCUCCGCCCUUAUGAUUCCGAGUGCGCUUGGCCGUUGCUUAGGAACCACCGCGAAGAGCGGGCGAUUAGACCUCUAGUAUACUCGAUAUCGGAAUUUUUAACUCAGCGCACACGAAUGUACUAUCGGCAUGGAAGGGAGACCGGAACAUGUCUGUCGGUGCUUACUUGUUCUGGUACCUAUCACAAACCCUGGGCCGAUCAGGACAUUGAGGAUGUCGGAUUUAGUCAAGAAGAGCUGAAGCAGGGAUUACCGAUCAAAUACUCCACCACAGCACGGCUGGCAAAAGACCUCACAAUAGACCGCCUCAUCACUCACGUCAACUACCAAAUCAAUCUCCCUCAACACUGGAGCUCCUUCUCAGUAGCACAGCGUUAUGCUAUCCUUCGAGACCUCUACCUCUGUCCGCAUACCUAUGCAUCUAAGAUCCAAUACCGCGAUCCCGACGACCCAACCUAUCCCGCAGAUUCGUCUAUUGCGCACUGGCUCCCAUCACGGGGCCAGAUACCGGAUUCGAUAUGGAGAUGCUCGCAGUGUCCAACUGAGUUUCGGGCUAGGGUCGGCUCAGACUCUGGUUUGGUGUGUAGAUUUGAGAUCGACGUGUGGCAACAUUCGACAGGCAGCUGCGGCGAUGGGAUGAUAGAGAUGGUUCAUUGCGGCGCAGCCACUGAAACCAACUAUGAUGCCUGUCUAAUUUUUGAGCAGAGUAUUGACCUAGAUUCUUGAUCAUCCGCCGUCCAGGAAUGAUCCGCCUAGCAGAUUGGGGGGUUAGGGCCUCUGAAUACGAGGUGGGAGUGGCAGGCGAGGGACCAAGCAUAUGCAGACGGAGAAGCGAC